ACCCACAUAUUUUAUAAAAAUAAAAAUUAAAGUUCACCCAAAUUGCGACACACUUAAAUCGUGAUUUCCAAACACCUCCCUUUCUCUUCACGGCAUCACACCCUGAACUCCAUUACUCCGGUCGCCGUCGUCUCCCUCACUCAAUCCCUCAUCUCCGAUCACUUUACCGGCCACAAUCACCAUCAAUUUCACUUACAUUUUAUGUAUGGACAUCGAAGCAGAAACCACUUGCAACGGAAUCAAGCGAAAGAAACCCUACGAGGAGCUUAAACCUACCGCUUCCGGCGAUGACGAUCGUACGGCGGAACAUGAGGCCACAUCGGAGAAGAAUUCCGAUAGUGACGGUGGUGGAGUAGACGCGCAGGAGAAUAAAACGGAGGAUUUGGAACUUAUGUUGAAAUCGGACCGUGAAAUUGCGGUGUGUAUUGAAAGGAUCAAGAGAACUUUGCAGACGAUAGGUGUUAUGUUGCCUGAUGGAGGUGAAAAGUUCAAGGCGAAUUUAAGAAGACAUGAAUAUGAACUCGAACGGAGGAAGAAACUUCAGUUAGAGAAGUCUGAUUAUUUUCGGGAUUAUUUUUGGAAGAUAUCCUUGAAGAUGCGGACUAUGGAGAGUAGAUCAGAAGAUCCCAUGUCUGACCCCAUGCAGUCAAACUCUGCUGCUAAUAGUGUAAGUGGCGCCGUUGGUGACUGGAGGGCUCCAUUGGAACGGGAAAGGGUCGUCAACAAGAUAAUGGAUAGCUUGAAGGAAAAUCUUCCUUUCACUAGAUAUGAUAGACUACAUGAACUUAAGAAAAUAGCUCAGAGGGUUGAAGCGGAGAUUUUCACUGCUGCCACAAGUCAGUCUGAAUAUUCACGGAAGAUAUGUUUGAAUAUGCUGACUAUGGAGACUAGAUUACAAAACUACCUGUCAGACUCCAUGUACUCAAACUCGGCUGCUAUAAGUGUAAACUCCUCGGUACCAUUUAAUACGACAGCAAAUGGCGGAGAUUGGCAAGAGGAAGUGUAUCAAAAGAUAAAAACUAUGAAGGAUCUGUAUCUACUAGAUUUGAGGCCUACUCAGGGUGCAAGCGGUGCUUUUGGUGAGCCCACCUUGGAACCUGGUGAUUGGAGGGCUACAGUGCAAGCAGAUUCACGACAAAGGAUCGUGAACAAGAUAAUGGAGACCUUGAAGAGGCAUGUUCCAUUUGAUGGACCCGAGGGACUACAGGAACUUAUGAAAAUGGCUAUGAAGUUUGAACAGAGGAUGUAUACUUUGUGCACAAGCCAGUCUGAUUAUUUACGGAAGAUAUCCUUGAAGAUGCUGACUAUGGAGACUAGAUAUCCUGCUGCUAAUAAUGUAUAAGUUUAUAAAAAUACAGGGAGUGUGCUCUAACAACUGCACUUUCAUAUUGUAUGAUAUCUUGGGAAAGCUGCCUAAUUUUGUUAUCAUCAUAUGAAGUUCUGCUACACGGGGUGGUAAGAAGUGUAGUUGUUUUCUCUUUUGUUACACGGGCAUAUUUCAACGAGAACUUACCAAUCACUUAUCUAAACUUUCAUCUCGUAUGAUAUCCUGGGCGUACGUGAUGAAAGUUACAAUAUUUAUGUCUGUAGAUGUAUUUGCAUUUAUUGUGAAAUCUGAUUGCCAUAUUGAAGCUUGCUUUAAAAGCUAGGCUCAUCUAUGGAAUGGCCACUUGGGUUAUAUGUAAA